AAGAACAAUCAAAAAAAAAAGGACUGCAUCCAGUUCUCUAUUCGAUUCCAAUAACUCAACGAUCAAUACAACAAAAGACAAAAGAUGUCGUCCAUCAUGGAGUCGCUGUUCGGCUCGCGCAAGACGCCUGCGCAGAUGCUCAGACAACACCAGCGCUCGCUCACAAAGGCCAUGCGCGACCUCGAUCGCGAACGCUCCAAGCUCGAGCAGCAAGAGAAGAAGAUUGUGACGGACAUCAAGAAGAUGGCCAAGGAGGGCCAGAUGGAUGCUGCAAAGAUCAUGGCCAAGGACCUCGUGCGCACUCGCCGCUACGUCAAGAAGUUUAUCAUGAUGCGCGCACAGAUUCAAGCUGUUUCGCUUAAAAUUCAGACUUUGCGAUCAAAUCAGGCAAUGGCAGAAGCUAUGAAGGGCGUCACACGCGCCAUGACCAAGAUGAACAAGCAGAUGAACCUGCCCGAGAUCCAAAAGAUCAUGAUGGAGUUUGAGAAGCAAUCCGAAAUCAUGGACAUGAAGGAGGAAAUGAUGAACGACACCAUCGACGACGUCAUGGGCGAUGCAGACGACGAUGAAGAGAGCGACCAGAUUGUCAAUCAAGUUCUUGACGAGAUUGGCAUUUCCCUUGGUCAAUCGAUGGUCGACGCACCCAUUACAGCGACGGGCGGCGGUGGUGGCAAGGUGACCGAGGCCAAGACAGCCGUCGCAGACUCUGCAGAUGCCGAUCUGCAAGCACGACUUGACAACUUGCGCCGAGACUAAAAGCCAAAAACCGCUGUAGUUUUGUUGUUGCUCUGUUGGAGGUUGACCCUGCUUGUUGUUUUUUUGCUGUUUGACGAUUUGCUCAUGCUGGUUUGCAUGCUAUUGGCUGAAAUAAGAUCAAUUCUUAGUGUCUA